CAUGUAGAGAGACAUCGAUUCAUCAGUGGCCUCUCCGACAUCGAGCCCGCCCCAGCCUUGUCCAGUCGGGUAGGGUUGUGUGCGAUCAGUCUUCUGCCCUGUUAACAGCACGGCACAACCCCGCCAUGUCCCCUUUGAUCACAGCCGCACUCCCUGCUUCUCAUCUCCUGUCAGCUCCUGCUGUCGCAUGCACGGCCGCGACGGCGGUCUCGAAGAGAGACAUUGCGCCGAUAUAUAUGCCCAGGAGCUCGGAAAGAUGCUGGCUAUUAGUAGCAGCGGGCGCUUUGACCUCCGUUUACGACCGUUGCCUGAGUACUGUCCCUGGUCGAAAUACGACCACGCGAAUUCGUAUCGCGGAAUCUCUUAGACGAUACUGCAACGUUCCUGGCUGCAGAGCGGUCAUUGCUAGGCCAUGUGGGAAGGUACAGGCCUGCACAGCUCUACGUUUCUCCCAAGAGUGGAAACAAUAGGAGAGAACUACGGUGCUAUGUUCCACGCAACUGAUCCAACAGAUGUUCCUAAGGCUGCCAGCUUCGGGGAACUCGCGGUGACUGAACCGGCGAUGUGCGCUGGGCGGACUAGGGCUAGACAA